UCAACCUCGGCACCCUUUGCUCCGGCGGAAGCGCACCCUUCCGCUCCCCCUAGCGGCAGACCUCGCCGCCUCUGCGCGUCACAGACAACGCCGGUGUCCGUCCCCGCCCCCCCACCAAGUCAGAGUGAAAGUUGCCUCCGCCUGGAACAGCGUGGGGGUUUCGGGACCCGCUAGUUUCCACCACCACCGCUUCUUCUUCUCACGCUUUUCUCCCCCCGGAGAGAUGAGGCGGAAAGAGAAGCGGCUGCUGCAGUUCGCCGGGCUGCUCAUAGCAGCUCUUCUCUUCCUCCCUAACGUCGGGCUGUGGUCUUUGUACCGGGACCGAGUGUUCGACAACUCGCCCGAAUCAGUGGACGGUCCGGGCGGCAUCCCCCCGAUUCAGGGGGUAAACCGGGUGGGGAAGGACGCUCAGGUUGGACAUGGCGGCACGCGGAGGAUAGACUGGCACGACUACGAAGCGAUCAAAAAAGAUUCUUCCAGAUCGGGCAACGGUGAGCAGGGGAAGCCCUUCCCCCUGACUGACGCGGACCGGGUGGACCAGGCCUACAGGGAGAACGGGUUCAACAUCUACGUGAGCGACCGGAUCUCCCUGAACCGCUCCGUCCCUGACAUCAGACAUCCAAA